AUGCAACAGAGCCAGCUGCGGCGCCUGUUCGACGGCGCACCGCCUGCGCCUACUUCUCCUUCUACUACUUCUUCUAUUACUUCGAUUCCCGUGGUGGUGGUGGGCCACGAGGAGCCGCCGUCCGGUCUGGAAGCCCUCAAGAACAAGCAUGUGCGGGACAAGGGCACCCGCCUCCACCGCGACUCGGUGGACGACCUCGCCCUCCUCUCCCUCCUCACGAGCGCCUCCACCUCCUCCUCAGACACGUGCGGCGGCGCGCCAUCCGCCGCAGAAGCAGCUGCUGGCGUGGGCCUGGGCAAGGAGAACCGCCGCUCGUCGUCGGUGCGCACACAGCGGGUGAGCUCCGCCGUCCACCGGGACACCACCCCGCACAAACGCAAGAGCCGCGGGAGCGCCAUAAGGUCGCCCUCCGUCGCCCCGCGCCAGCCCCUCACCCCCUCCACCCAUCACCACCACCAGCACAAGCCGCAGCCCACCGGUGGUGGCGAGGCCGCCGCCGCAUACGAGGCGUGCGACGUCGAGAGGCCGACCAAGGUCAAGGCCAAGCAGCAGCAGCCGCACACGCCGCCGGUGGCGGGCGAGCGGCGGGUGCGACGGCGGCCGAAGAAGAGCCCUGCCGUGUCGAACGAGGACCUCCGACGCGAGAUCGCCGGCACCCUCCGCUCUCACCUCGGCGGCGGCGAUGUCUCUCCCGCGGCGGCGGCGGCCACGCCCAAGCGCAAGGCCAGCAGCCUGGCCGGCGUCGAGCGCAACCGCCUCGGCUACGCCCAUCCCCCAUCUUCUUCUUCCUCCUCCACCUCUUCGUCGUCGCGUGGCGCCGGUCCGCUGUCGGCGUCGUCCGGGUGCGUGCGACUCAGGAGCCAGCGGUCGCUCGAUGGGCUGCUGGGCCAGCCCCUCCGGCUGCGCGCCCCGUGUGGACCCGUCGAAGGCGAGCACGGCCGCCUCCACCACCUCCGCCUGCAGCUGCACGUGCCCCGCCUCGACGUCGAACGAGCCGACCACGACAACGAUGACGACGGUGAGUGGGAGGCGUGCGACGAACAGCCUGCGAAGCUCAACGGGCGUGCCACCUUCAUCGAGACGGCGGCCAAGGGCCGCGAGGCUGGCCUGCGCUUCAUCGCCCUCCACCCGCGCUCCGGUCUGCCACAGAGCGACGCCGCCCAGCAGCAGCAGCAGGCUGAGGCGCCCCACGUGGCGGUGGGCGCGGGGCGACGAAGGCGAUCGCGAUCGCUCACGGACGUGCGUAAGGCCCUGCGCGAGGGAAGCGACUCUGCCUCCUCCACUUACCUCGCGCCUCACGGAACCGACGGCAAGGAGCGGGCGCGCCGCAAGAAGGCCGGCCGCCGCCGCUCCUCCCUCAUGAAGGUCUUUGACUCACUUCGCAACAAGCUUGCCGGCCCCGAGGACAGCGAGGAGGACGGCGAGACGCAGCAGCAGCCGCCACACGAGGAACGUACCGACGCAUCGUCGGGCAAGCACAGCCACAAGCAACAGCGGCAGCGGCAGCAGCAGCAGCAGCAGCAGCAGCAGCAGCAGCAGCCAUCGGCUCUUUCCGAGGAGACUGCGGGAGGGCUUCGCCUGGCGUGCCCCACUUCCUUCAACCAACUCCUGGCCCAGGGCGGCACGCUGCCGGGGGUGGUGGCGGGGAGCGUGUUCGCGAACUGGGACGCGCACCAGAACCGCUUGGAGGACCCGGGCCUCGUGGGCAGCCUGGUGCUGGCCGUGCGGCACUGGGGCUUCACCCCGGAGCACCUCUUCACCGCCUUCCUCGAGGCCUACUACUUCCCGCCUCUCCUCUCCGCGCCGGCCUCCCGCUCUCUCUACACACCGGCCGCCCCCGCUCUCUUGCCCUUCCGGCGGAAGCUGGCGAGCUUCCUGGUGGAGUGGGUGGACGUUGCCUACGAGGCCGACUUUAGCGGGCGUGCGCUCGGGCAGAAGCUGAAGGUGCUGGUCAACGAGGUCAUGGUACGGCACGGCCUCAAGGACGAGGCCAACGCCGUGCGCAACCGCAUCUGGGCGUCCUCCAUCCGCCACCCGCGCUCCCUGACCGCGGCCCUCCGGUUGCGAUCCCCGUCCACCGCGGGUGCACCCUCCUCACCGGGGUACCACCCCGCCGCCGCCACGGUUCAGCCCACGGCCACGACCGCCGUCGCCGCCCCUGGCGCGGAGCGACUGGCCAGAGCCGUGAAAGGCGGCAAGGCCGAAGUCGCCACUCCCUCGCAGUCCUCGCGGCAGCUCCGACCGCAGGCGUCGGUGCUGGUCCGCACGGCUCCGGCCACUCCGUCGUCGUCGACGUCGCAGCAGACCCAGGCGCGGAUGGGGCGUGUGGCGUCGGAGCGCAUGAUUGAGCGUAUUCCGACCAGCGGCAAGGUGAAGCCCAUGAACGUGCUCCAGGUGCGGUCGCGGGUGAUCGCGCAACAGCUGACGCGAAUCGACUACGAGCUGCUGGGCAAGGUCGACCUGCGCGAGUUCACCGACAUGGCCUUCACCAAGCCCGAGCUCAGCCCCAACAUCAACCUCCUCAUCGAGCAGUGCAACAAGAUCUCCUACUGGGUGUGCUCGCAGGUGCUCAUCCUCAAGAAGUUCAGCCACCAGGUCAAGGCCCUCCGCAAGUUCAUCAACAUCGCCUAUAAGUGCCUCAAGAUGGGCAACUUUGCGUCGCUGAUGGCGCUGUCGCUGGGCCUCAACCUGUCGCCCCUCACGCGGCUGGAGGAGCUGUGGGAGGAGGCCUACCGGGACGGCAAGUGUGCGGCCAAGAUGCGCAAGGUCAACACGUUCCUACCGCUCGUCGGCAACUGCAAGGAGUACCGCGAGGUGCUCGCCAGGCACAUGGAGCGCCUGGCCCGCCUCGACGAGGCCACCCGCAGCGGCGUCGACGCGCCGGCGGCAGCACCACCAGCGUCCCCGCGCCAGCAGCAGCAGAGGGAGGAGCACGAGCCGCCGGCGGAGGAGGCAGAGGGCGAGGAGCAGCAGGUGCGGUAUCCGCUGAUCCCGUUCCUGGCGGUCUACAUGAAGGACCUCACCUUCAUCAACGACGGCAACUCGCACCUCAUGCGCGGCGGCCACCUCAACGUGGACAAGAUGCUGCGGUGGGGCCGCAUCCUGCGCGAGAUCCAGCUGCUCCAGCGCCAGCCCUGCCCCAUCGAGGUGGACGAGCUCGUCCACAACCUCCUCAUCAACAUCAACUUCAUCAGCGAGGAGACCCUCUGGAACAUCUCCUCCUCCCUCAAACUCCAGCACUCCCGCGACUGA